UUCCUUUCCUCUACUACCGGCGAGAAUGAAGACCAUUCUCAGCAACCAGACAGUCGACAUCCCCACCAACGUCGAUGUGACGUUGAAAGGGCGAACCGUGAUCGUCAAAGGACCCCGGGGUACCCUCCGCAGGGAGUUCAACCACAUUAACCUGGAGCUCAGUCUCUUGGGCAAGAAACAGAAGAAGCUUCGCGUCGACAAAUGGUGGGGUAACCGAAAGGAGCUGGCCACCGUCCGCACCAUUUGCAGCCAUGUCCAGAACAUGAUCAAGGGAGUCACAGUGGGUUUCCGCUACAAGAUGCGAUCGGUGUACGCCCAUUUCCCCAUCAACGUGGUGAUGCAGGAGAACGGCACGCUGGUGGAGAUCAGGAACUUCUUGGGGGAGAAGUACAUCCGCAGGGUCCGCAUGAGGCCAGGUGUGGCCUGCACGGUCUCUGCUGCCCAGAAGGAUGAGCUGGUGCUGGAGGGCAACGACAUCGAGCUGGUGUCCAACUCGGCCGCUCUGAUCCAGCAGGCUACCACAGUCAAAAAUAAGGAUAUCAGAAAGUUCUUGGACGGUAUUUACGUGUCCGAGAAGGGAACCGUAUUGGAGUCCGAACAAUAAGCACUGUAGAGCUGCCUUGAUCCAGCAAGCCACGACAGUGAAGCAGAAGGAUAUUCGUAAGUUCCUGGACGGGAUCUACGUCAGCGAGAAGACCACUGUGGUGGCAGCAAAUGAGGCUUAGAAAACCUGCCUAAUCUGUCAAUAAAAUCACUUUUUUUCCAUCUGAA